UUAUGAUCCGUAUUCCACCGCAAGACCUACAGGCUAUGACCGCGCGACGCGGGAGUUUCCUCUCCAACACGUUUUCCCGUGGACAGAGCUUCGUCUUACCGCCACCGGUGCCUCUGUGCGCGACCACGGCGUCAUUGUCGACGUCGUCGUCGACAGACGACUCGUCGGCCAGUGAUUCGACCGCAAUUGACAUCCCUUCCUUUCACUCGUUAAACCCUUACGCACAUUAUGGCAGUAGCAACGAUACGUCCGCGGCGUCCCGGUGGCAGCCUGUGCCAAGGCUCGUCCAUUCCAAAGAAAGCCUCACGCUUCGGUACGCCAUCGGCGACAUUCUCACCGCAGUCCACGCGCACGUGACGCCGGCCACGCUGGAAAUCCGUGCGGCAACUCCAGAGUAUCGUCUAGAAUCGGAUGAUUGGAUUGGCCAUGCAACCACUGCCAGUAACGGCGACAACAACACAGUCAAAGCCGUGGCGCGACUCCCUAUGGACUUGCUAAAGCUUAACACGUCGUCGGCCACUUCGGAGGCGUCGCCCGCACUGUCCGUGUCUGGAUGGCUCAAGAAGCGCGGGGAGACCAACAAAGCGAUGAAGAAGCGCUACAUGGAGCUCGAAGACCGUGCAUUGUGCUACUACAAGCGCAAGCCGGAGACGAAGACCGGGGAGAGCCUGCCACGCGCCCAAAAAUCCCUGUUCAUGAAGGGCCAAAUCGAUCUCGACUCGGUGUCGUCUGUCCAGCCCACCGUGAUCAAGGGGGCGUCCGUCACGUGGGGCAUCGACCUCGUCACGACCAACCGGACGUGGACGCUGCAAGCCGAAUCCGAGGCCGACUAUGACAUGUGGGUCAACUGUUUGUGCAAUUCAGUGCCGUUCCACUCGGUGAACAUUGUGUUUCGUCGCAUGCUGCAGUUGGCAGAAGUGAGCGCAUCUGGGCCAAACGAGGUGCGUAUGGUGCUGCUGCCGUCCCACACAGUCGAAGCCACGGUCGCCAACGUCUUCAAGUGCUACCACAACAUGCUCGACGCCACCCCCCUGCACCCCCACGACCCAAAGGACUAUGUGCUUAAGUUUACUGGCUUUCGAGACUACAUGUUGGAUCCCCUCCAAGAAAUCGGCCGAUACCAGCACGUAGCAGAGUGUUUUCUCACGCGCAAGACGUUGGGGUUGACGCUGGUACAUAUCUCACAUAUCAACCAAGUUGCCACCAUGUCGCCAUCACUUUUUGCGGCUGCUGCGUUUCUGCACGCCAUCAGUCCGCCACACGAUACGUCCAUGGCGAUCACGACGCUGGGCGCAGACUGGAAAUGCCAGCCGCCUCAGCAAGCGGGGGCCGCAACGUCUAGUAGUACUACUGGAGGGAGUAGUCGAGGGGAAGUGGUGGCCAGCGGUCAAAUCGGCACGUCGUCGGCAGUCCGGCUGCAAUUUCGUCGUGUUGUCAACAUUCCCCGGUUCACGUGUGCGCUAAAACGAAGUGCGCACGACGCGGGGGCGGUGGAGCGAAAGCCGCUGACGUGUGUGUCUGUAUUUGUGCGGGUGGAGCUGUACGACGGCGGUCAGCUGCUGGAAGUGGUGGGGGAGACUGCGGAGGUGCCACUGCGGGCGAUACCAGGGGGAACGAACUUGUUGGUGGCACAGUGGGGCCCCAACUCGACGACGGACCCGGCACUAUCCUCGUGGCUAGAGAGUACCCUGCGGCUGUGUAAUGCACCGCGAUCGACCCGCGUAGUGCUGACAGUGUGCAGCGGCGGCCCGCGGCAACUCGACCGGGGAUGUGUACUUCUCACCACCGGAUACAACUUGUUCAACAUCGACGGCGUGUACGUCCAAGGCGAGCAGUACAUUCAGAUGUGGGACAACUUGCACCAUGCCAGAUACGGUCCCGUGCCCCAUGUCGUGGCGCCAGAACGUCCGUUUGUCCACCUCGAGUUGCAGAGCAACUCAAGCAGCAGCAACAACAACAACUCUGUGGUAGUGUUUGACUGGUGCGAGCAACUCCAGCUCCCGCAUGAGCCCCCGCCCCUCGUCGUGCAACCGUACAUAACGCCGUCGUCGUCAUCGCCAUCCCCGCCCAAAAUAGCCCUCAAAGCGCGCCGCGCGGACUCUGUGACCAAGGAAGGGUGGCUGAAAAAGACGGGCAAGUUUCACUCGCUCACGAACUGGCAGCCUCGGUGGUGUGUGCUAAGUCAAGUAUACGGGGCGUUGUACUAUGGCGAUGGUCCGAACAUGCGACACAAAGGCGCGAUCGACCUCGCGCAGGGGGCGACUGUCACGACGGCCGACGAGCUCAACGAGACGUACACGACGUUCGCUGUAAGCAAAUGCACUCGAAAGGAGCAGCGCACGUGGGUGUUCAAGGUCCAGUCCAACGAAACCUCGCGGGAGUAUAUAUUGUGCGCCGCCACGCGGCAGGAACGCGACGAGUGGAUGCUGGCAAUCAAGGUCGUGGCCAACCCCGGCAUCGACGGGACCGCCGAGUCUGUGGCCGACCUUCGGUCCCUCUUGAUGCGGGAUCCUCUGUUUCAGCUAAGCGACUUUCAGCAAACGCUGCUGUGGCGCCACCGUCUGCUGUUUGUCGAUUCGUUUGAAGCGCUACGACAUGUACUCGAGUGUGUCAACUGGCAGAAUGCGGUCGAAGUCGCCGACAUGCUGGCGUUGCUGCCCCAGUGGGCCAAACCGCAACACCCGGCGGCGUACAUUUUGCUGUUGGACAUGCAGUUUGCCCACGAAGGCGUGCGUCACUUUGCAGUCACUCGGCUGGGGGAAAUGGCCGACUCAACCUUUCGCUGCUUCCUGCCACAACUCGUGCAAGCGCUCAAGUACGAGAACCAUCACGUGUCCCAUCUGGCCAAGCUGUUGAUCCAACGGGCGAUUGAAAACCCCAACCAAAUCGGGUUUGACCUCUUCUGGGCCAUGAAGGUCGAGUCGUACAACGACCAGUACCAAGAGCGCUACGGCCUGCUCCUCAACGCCUACACGGACGUGUGUUCGCUGAAAAUGCGCGGCAUCCUUGAGCUCCAGGACAAGUUGUUUGCGGAAAAAGGCGAGUUUGAACGCAUCUGCCAACACGUCAAGGCGCUGGCCCACGCAGGCAAGACCAAGGACGAGAUGGUGGCGGCGCUGCGGGAACGCUUGACGACCCUCAACGAAACAUUGCCGUUGUCGUACCAGCUGCCGCUCGACCCGCGUGUCGAAGUCGGGAAAAUCGUCGUCCGCAAGUGCAAAAUCAUGAGCUCGGCCAAAUUGCCGCUGUGGCUCGAGUUUGAAAACGCCGAAGAGGGCGGUGACCCCGUCGUGAUCAUCUUCAAAGCCGGCGACGACGUCCGCCAAGACUGCUUGACGCUGCAGUUGAUCACGCUCAUGGACGAAAUGUGGCGAGAAGACGGCAAGGACCUCGCCAUGGAGCCAUACAAGUGCGUGUCGACGGGGCCCAUGACGGGCAUGUUGCAAGUGGUGCUGCAUGCCGUCACAACUGCCGCGGUCCACAAGCGAGGGGGUGCGCUGGGGGGUAUCUUUGGCGCGUUCAACGACGUGAGCUUUUCCGACUGGAUCGCAGCCAACAACGGCGACCCGCGGAGUUACAAGACGGCCGUGAAUUUGUUUCUACGCUCGUGUGCUGGGUAUUGUGUGGCCACGUAUGUGCUGGGCAUUGGCGACCGCCACAACGACAACAUCAUGAUCACCAAGCAAGGCCGGUACUUCCACAUUGACUUUGGUCACUUUUUAGGUUUUAUGAAGUAUCAGUACGGCAUCAAGCGCGAACAAACCCCGUUUGUGUUUACGCCGGAAAUGGCUCACGUGUUUGGAGGCGUGGGCACGGACGAGUUUAAGCGCUUUCAAACCACCUGUGGCGACGCGUUCAACGUGGUGCGACGGCACUUGCAUCUGCUGGUGUCGCUGCUGCUGCUCAUGAUUCCCGCCGACAUGCCAGAGCUGCGAACACGCCAUGACAUCAGCUACCUCGUCGAAGUGUCGGCCACCGAGCGAACUGACCAAGAGGCAUCAGCGUGGUUUGCCGGGCUGAUCGUCGAGUGCAUGAACAACACUUUCAAGCGCAUUGACAAUGCCCUCCACAUAAUCAAGCAUCGAUAGCCCCAACGUACUGUAGUCCAUGGUUCCAGGGUAACUCAAAAGUGAAUUGUGUGUCAUGUCGUG